UGCAGUGGAGGAGAGAACGCGUAGUAACAAAUUCACUGUCAAACAAAAAAACUUGAUGAAUGAAUGCAGUCGCCUUUUGUAGAAUUACACAAAUAUAGCUGCGCCGGGUUGCGGCAAGGUUGCUCUUCGUUAGAAUCGCUUCACAGAGCUUCUGCUGCAGAAAACCUCUGUAGCUGUCGAUGCUGCUGUUUCUUGCAGAAAAUCCUUGAAACAUUACAGCUGCAGUGCACAGACCCAAUACUCCCGUUAUAUCAGAAUCCUAGGUGAAGCCCCUUCGCCAGAGCAUGAGAGCAGCGGCCUGGGUGAGGGAGGGAGUCAUGCUAUGAUGCAAGCUCCUGGCUGCAGGAUGAACCUGGCUGCGGUCCUGAACGGGCUGCUGGUGUCGGUGGUGGCGGCGCUGCUCUGGAAGUACGUGAAGCUGAUCGAGCACGCCGCCCUGCUGGAGGAGGAGCUGCUGCUGACGCGGCAGUCCCAGGAGCUGUCCCAGGUGCGCAUCGACUACCACGCCGCCCUGCUGGCCCUCCAGGAGCACGGCACCCGCAUGGUCUGCACAGGCAAGAUGCACACGGACCGCAUCUGCCGCUUCGACUACCUGUGCUACUCCACCGAGGCCGAGGAGUUUGUCUUCUUCCACAGCAACUCCUCGGUCAUGCUGCCCAACCUGGGUGCCCGCCGCUUCCAGCCUGCCCUGCUGGACCUCUCCUCCGUGGAGGACCACAACACCCAGUACUUCAACUUCAUGGAGUUGCCGGCCGCUGCCCUCAAAUUCAUGCCCAAGCCCGUGUUCGUGCCCGAUGUCGCCCUCAUCCUCAACCGCUUCAAUCCGGACAACCUGAUGCAUGUUUUUCACGACGACCUGCUGCCCAUCUACUACACCAUGGGCCAGUACUCGGACCUGGACGAGGAGGCCAGGCUAGUGUUCAUGGAGGGCUGGAGUGAGGGCCCGCACUUCCAGCUCUACCGGCUGCUGAGCAGCAAGCAGCCGCUCCUCAAGGAGCAGCUGAAGAACUUCGGCAAGAUCCUGUGCUUCACCAAGUCCUACGUGGGCCUGUCCAAGAUGACCACCUGGUACCAGUACGGCUUUGUCCAGCCACAGGGCCCCAAGGCCAACAUCCUGGUGUCGGGUAAUGAGCUCAGGCAGUUCGCGGCCUUCUUGGCGGAGAAGCUGAACGUGACGGCGGAGGAGCACAAGGAGGAGCAGGACGACGGCUACAUCGUGGUCUUCAGCCGCUCCAUCAACAGGCUCAUCCUCAACGAGGCAGAGCUGAUCCUGACGCUGGCGCAGGAGUUCCAGAUGAAGGUGGUCACCGUGUCACUGGAGGAGCACUCGCUAGCGGACAUUAUCCGGGCCGUGGGCAGGGCGUCCAUGCUGGUCAGCAUGCACGGGGCCCAGCUCAUCACCUCCCUCUUCCUUCCGCGCGGCGCCGCUGUGGUGGAGCUCUUCCCAUACGCCGUCAACCCGGAGCACUACGCCCCCUACAGGACACUGGCCUCGCUGCCGGGCAUGGACCUGCAUUACGUGGCCUGGAGGAACACCAUUGAGGAGAACUCUGUGGCCUUCCCCGAGCGAUCCUGGGACCAGGGCGGCAUCGCGCACCUGGAGAAGGAGGAGCAGGAGCGCAUCCUGAAGAGCAAGGAGGUGCCGCGACACCUGUGCUGCAGGAACCCGGAGUGGCUCUUCCGCAUUUACCAGGACACCAAGGUGGACAUCCCCUCCCUGCUGGACACCCUGCGCCAGGGGCUGACCACCAGGCCCAGCCCCAAGAAGGCCAGGGCCGCCAGCACGGUCCACCCGGGCAGGGUGAGGGAGCCCCGGUGCCAGACGUCCGUCCAGGCCACCAACGAGGCCAAGCUGACUGUGUCCUGGCAGAUCCCCUGGAACCUCAAGUACCUGAAGGUCAGAGAGGUGAAGUACGAGGUGUGGAUUCAGGAGCAGGGGGAGAACACCUACAUGCCUUACAUCCUCCCGCACCAGAACUACACCUUCUCUGAAAACAUCAAACCGUUCACCACCUACCUGGUGUGGGUCCGCUGCAUCUUCAACAAAACGCUGCUGGGCCCCUUCGCAGAUGUUCUCAUGUGCAGAACCUGAUGCCGGUAUGUCCACAGCGUUGUAAGGUGGACGCUCCCGCCCCAGCUCUGUCCCGACAGCCAGACUCACUGGAGAGGUUUACUCUUGAACGUGUUUUCCUUCAGUUGGUUCUGUAUUCAAGAUCAGAAAAAUCAGGCCCGAUGCUGCUGAGGUUCUGACUCAUUCUGUGGUAUUUGGUACCUGAGAGACAAAGGUCUUGACCUUCUCUCUACAGGGUGGCAGAGUAUGAGGGCAAAAUUUAAAUGAGGAGUUUUGGGGGAAUAUAAAACUCGUUGGAAAAAAUUCAGAAG